GUUAGCUUUCAUUUCACACCUCAGUUCACAGCUAUUAUCUCUCUCUCUCUCUCUCUCUACAUUUGAUUGCAACUUCUCACUGUAGAUCUGAAUUUCGAUCUAGUUCAGGAAUUUUGAGAGAUAAUGGGUCGUGGAGUUAGUAGCGGUGGAGGUCAGAGUUCUCUGGGGUACCUAUUCGGAGGCAACGAAGCUCCUGCACCAAGACCAGCUGCAACCAAUGUGGAGGCGCCCGCACCUACUAGGAAUUCAGCUCCUACGAGGAAUGCAGCCCCACCCCCAACUGCUGUGAAGCCAUCUGCUGCAGCACCAUCUGGUGGUGAUGCCCCCAAGCAGAUUCCAGCUGGCAUCCAAGGCAGCCAGACAAACAACAACUAUUUCCGCGCUGAUGGUCAGAACACCGGCAACUUCCUCACGGACCGACCAUCCACCAAAGUCCAUGCUGCGCCAGGAGGCGGAUCUUCACUGGGAUAUCUUUUCGGAGAUGGCAAGUAGUAUCUUCGACCCCUCUACCAAUUCAAAGAAGAAAUUGUCGUUUGCUGUGUUUGCUUGGUUCCCAUCUGAUGUAGGGAGCCGGCAUCUAGUAGCUUCAGACAUUGUGAAUUGUAAUAUAAUGUUAUUUUCUGUUUCCUAAAUCGAGUGUUGCUUCUUCCCUUGCUCCUCGAACGAAGAAGUUAAUUGCUGCUGUCUGGAUGCUUAAUGGCAGAUUAUUCACUGUAAUAGCUUGCUUCUCAUAUUGAAAUGUCGAUUGUGUUGAUGA